AUGUGGAAACCGUCGGAGAGGCUGAUGGACACCAUCAGGCACUAUGCGAGCUUCCCCGCUACUGGUGUCUCUCUCCGACAGAUGGUGCAGUUCGGAGACAGACCAUCGACCGGGACCCUCUUUCGUGCCUCACAAUUCCUCUCUGAAGAGUUGCCGAUUCGCUUAGCGCAUCGCGUGCAGGAUCUUGGAGAACUUCCCGAUGGAUUGAGUGAAAUGCCGUCGAUUAAGAAGGUGCAAGAUUGGUACGCUCAGUCGUUCGAGGAAAUCAUCAACCUACCCCGACCGACUCUGACCCAAGAAGUCAAAGCUCGCUUGCUACGUCCUGGGAGAAUGCACGGUGUCUCCAAGAUCCUCUCCGAAGCCACCCAGAAUCCCAGUAUCAAGGAAGGACAAUAUCGGUCGUCCCCCACCAACGGAAAUGGAAAUGCAAAAGGAGCUGCCACCCGAAGAUACUUCGUCCCCUCGGAUGACCAUGGUCACUGGCCACCGGAAUUGAAUGAUUAUAACCAACGAUUCGCGAAAACUCUACAACACAUCAAGCGCCGGCACGAUAGUGUCGUGACUACUGUCGCCCAAGGUAUCCUGGAAUGGAAGCGGAAACGCCAACGUCUACAAAUUGAUUCCACUGUCCAGUCGUUCCUCGAUCGCUUCUAUAUGUCCCGUAUCGGUAUUCGAAUGUUAAUCGGCCAACACAUCGCAUUGACAGAACAAACGCAUGUCCGCCAUCCGAAUUAUGUUGGUAUCAUCUGUACUAAAACGAACGUUCGAGAAGUGGCUCUCGAGGCCAUUGAUAACGCUCGUUUUGUCUGUGAAGAUUACUAUGGUUUAUUCGAAGCUCCUCAGAUUCAAUUGAUCUGCAAAGAUGACCUGAACUUUAUGUACGUCCCUGGCCACUUGUCGCACAUGCUUUUCGAGACCCUCAAGAACUCGCUGCGUGCUGUUGUGGAAACCCAUGGCGCGGACAAGGAAGCUUUUCCCGUUACCAAGGUCAUCGUGGCCGAGGGCAAAGAGGACAUCACGAUCAAGGUCUCUGAUGAAGGCGGCGGUAUUCCCCGUUCAUCUAUCCCACUAGUCUGGACCUACAUGUACACCACUGUGGAUCAGACUCCCAACUUGGACCCGGACUUCGAUAAGAACGAUUUCAAGGCUCCGAUGGCUGGCUUCGGCUAUGGUCUGCCAAUCAGUCGUCUGUACGCUCGAUACUUUGGCGGCGACCUCAAGCUGAUCAGCAUGGAAGGAUAUGGAACAGAUGUCUAUCUCCACCUGAAUCGGCUUUCCUCGAGCUUGGAGCCCCUGCAAUGA